AUGGAAGCCAUCAAGGCGACUUUUGCGCGAUGCAAACAGGAACACAGAUCUGCCCUCGUAGCAUACUUUACCGCCGGGUACCCAACGAAAGAAUCGACCGUGGAUGUCAUGCUGGGGCUGCAGGCUGGUGGUGCUGAUGUCAUCGAACUCGGCCUGCCCUUCACAGAUCCCAUCGCGGACGGACCUACCAUCCAAAAAUCAAACACCGUCGCUCUCCAGAACGGUGUCACUAUCCCAAUCGCCCUGGACUUUGUUCGAGACGCUCGGAAUCGAGGCCUUCGCGUCCCCGUCCUCUUCAUGGGCUACUUCAACCCUCUACUUCGCUACGGCGAGGAUCGCAUGCUGAAGGAUUGCAAAGAAGCUGGCGUCAAUGGAUUCAUCAUGGUGGACUUGCCCCCGGAAGAAGCGGUCAGAUUCCGAAACAAUUGCACAAAGGCCGGCCUCUCAUAUGUGCCGCUGAUUGCUCCAGCCACGUCCGAGAAACGAAUGAAGCUGCUAUGCAAGAUCGCCGACUCUUUCAUCUAUGUGGUGUCGCGCAUGGGUGUCACUGGCGCAACGGGUACUUUGAACACAAAACUGCCAGAACUGCUCGCAAGAGUGCAUCAGUACUCUGGUGGGGUUCCCGCCGCGGUUGGGUUUGGCGUCAGCACAAGAGACCAUUUCCUGAGUGUCGCAGAGAUUGCCGAGGGUGUGGUCAUUGGCAGCCAAAUUGUCACGGAACUGGGCAAUGCGAAGACCGGCGAAUAUGCAAAGGCCGUCCAAGAAUACUGCUCGCAAAUCACCGGGCGGAAAGUCGGCGACUUCAAUGACACAAAUGGCUUAACAAGGGAAGUCGGAAUUGUCGAGGCAGUCAAUGCCGCAAAAGAACCCAAUGCUUCGACAAAUGGGCUCAACGGUCAUCAAGUCCAAGUCGACAAGGUCAUCACCGAUGCUGAUAUUCCGUCAGAACCAGGUCUGGCCGACCAACUAGAUGCCCUCAAUUCUGCCACAAAUGGGACCGAACCGAACCCUGAUGCGAUUCCAGCCCAAUUCGGCCAGUUCGGUGGUCAAUAUGUUCCGGAGUCACUGAUGGACUGUCUAGCCGAACUCGAGGAGGGCUUCACCAAAGCGAGGAACGAUCCGGAAUUCUGGAAAGAAUACCGGUCCUAUUAUCCCUACAUGGGCCGACCUUCAUCACUUCAUCUGGCAAAUCGGCUGACUGAAAAAGUGGGUGGUGCCCAAAUUUACCUGAAAAGAGAGGACCUCAACCACACUGGAAGCCAUAAGAUCAACAAUGCCCUGGGACAGAUUCUUAUUGCACGGCGGCUAGGCAAGACGCGUAUCAUCGCUGAAACCGGGGCCGGUCAACAUGGUGUCGCUACCGCAACUGUGUGUGCCAAGUUUGGCCUGCAAUGUGUUGUGUACAUGGGUGCCGAGGAUGUGCGUCGACAGGCGUUGAAUGUGUUUCGAAUGAAGCUGCUCGGCGCCAAAGUUGUCGCCGUAGAAGCCGGAUCUCGUACCCUCCGCGACGCGGUCAACGAAGCUCUGCGUGCGUGGGUGGUUGACCUUGACACCACGCACUAUAUCAUUGGAUCAGCCAUCGGGCCUCAUCCAUUCCCUACCAUUGUCCGUACAUUUCAGAGCGUGAUCGGGCAAGAGACCAAGGAGCAAUUGAAGGAAAUCACAGGCAAGCUACCCGAUGCCGUGAUCGCCUGCGUUGGCGGUGGCUCCAACGCCGUCGGCAUGUUCUUCCCUUUCAGCUCCGAUCCAUCAGUGAAGUUGAUCGGUGUGGAAGCUGCCGGCGAGGGCGUUGACACUGGCAAGCACUCUGCCACUCUGUCUGGCGGCUCCGUUGGCGUGCUACACGGCGUCAGGACGUAUGUUCUCCAGAACGAGCAUGGCCAGAUCGCCGACACGCACUCUAUUUCGGCCGGACUCGAUUACCCUGGCGUCGGGCCGGAGUUGUCGAAUUGGAAAGACAGCGCGCGCGCACAGUUCAUCAGCGCCACGGAUGCACAGGCCCUGAUCGGGUUCCGGACACUCAGCGAGACUGAGGGCAUCAUCCCCGCGCUCGAAUCGAGUCAUGCCAUCUACGGAGCGAUGGAAGUGGCUAAAAAGAUGGGCAAAGAUCAGACCCUGGUCAUCUGCCUCAGUGGAAGAGGUGACAAAGAUGUCCAGAGUGUUGCGGAUGAAUUGCCCAACCUGGGUCCGCAGAUUGGUUGGGAUUUGAGAUUUUAG